AUCGUAGCGCAACUGAAGUCUAUGAAAAACGUCACGGUCCAGUGAUUCUUUACAUACGGCGGUAGCAAACAUAAACAAACCUUAGUAACGCUAACUACACAGACGCGACUGCCGACUGCAAUCAGCUAUACGCGAUCGUAAAAUCAUUAAAUUUAAGGAAGUUGUUGUUACGGUAAAAAUGCAUAUUUCGAUAUGUAUAUUUGUAUGAUUUUACACGAUUAUUUUUAGUAGAAAGAUCUCAGGAUGCCAGCCUCUAACUGUUGUAUGCCUUUGUGCACGUACAACUUUCAAUUUGCUAAAAGACAAUCAAAAGUAAAAAAGAAAGAUCAAGUGAGAUCUAACAGAAUUGGUAAAUCAAGUAGCUGCAAUAACAUUACACUUAUGCAGGAUACCCCAUUUAUGAGCCUGUUUGUCAUUAGUCACCCCAAGUUUGCAAAGACUCCAGAAGAAAAAAUACAUCGAGAGAAUUUGCGAAAAGUUGUCUUGCAAUACCGGGAUCCAACAAAAGGGGACCGUAUCAAAAACAUGUUGGAUAGAGAAUCAGCAUCUAUUUGUGAAAGACACUUCACAUCCGAUUGUUUUGAAAUGAGUGGACCAACUAAUAAGAAAUCAUUAAAACUGGGCUCGAUUCCAACAUUGAAUCUUCCUCAUAAAACUUUGGAAAGAAUAAAUUCUCCAAAGGCUAAUAGAAAGUCUCCAACGAAAAGACACCUGUUGCCAGACAAAAUUCUUCGAACAAGCUCUAAACCUUUAUUAACAGACAGCAAAAGGCUACCUAGUACGUUGAAAGAAAUUUGGGUUUGUUAUGAAAGAUGCGGUGUGUUUAUUGCUGAACAAUAUUACUCUGACCAAGAUCUAGUUCCGAAGAUUAAGUUUUGUGUGAGUCAUGAUUUGGAGUAUACUUGCUAUGUCUAUGGAUGGAGAGUUGAACUGCUAAAUCUGCCUUCAAUUUGUAUCAAAAGGAACACUUUAGAACAUAUACUAAAUUUACUGGAUGCAAUGCAAAUAUGCACUGGCACUAGUGAAAACAAGAACAUGGAAAACGUAGAGAAAGUGGACAAUAAAUUAAAAUUUUCUCUUGGAACACAUUGUUAUAAACAGAAAGGUUUGCACAAACAUCCGGUAUUACAAAGAAGUUGUGAGGAUAAUAGUGUCUCAACCAGAAUUGAAUAUUGCAGAUCUCCAUUUUGUACAAUAGUAUUCAAAUCCAAUGAAAAGAAUACUUCAAACUCCACAAAGAGAUGCAACGCAUGUGUUGCUCAUGAAUCCCAAAUUCAAGCACAUGAGCCAUUAACGUUUAAAGCACACAUAAGUGACCUUAUAAAGGAGUUUUCGUGUGAUCAACCCAUACAAAGUUGAUUGAACAUUGCAUCCAGAAAAUGAAUGAUUUUCAAAAGUUAUCAUUCGAGCAUCAAAUUAACAAUUUUAACGCACCACUCAAUGCACGGCG